GUUAGUAAAUAUGUGCACUAACUACAGUACUAACAUCAAGUGCACUGUAGUAAUUAUAUAGUACUUAUAUAGUAAUUAUAUAGUAAUUAUAUAGUAAUAAUUAUAUAGUAAUAGUCUACCCAGUAGACUCUCGUAGACUCUGAUACUAAUUCUAUACUCUGGUAGUCUUCUUAGUCUCCUCAGUCUCCUCAGUCUUCUUAGUGCUCUUAGUCUUCAGUUUCUUACUAUACUGUACAUACCAUAACGCGACCCAUAUAAACGCGUCUACCACCACCACUACUACCACUACCACUACAACUACCACCACCACCAUGUCACUAAGCUUUGACGACAUCCCCUUGGACGGCACUUUCGGUCCGUCCAUGCUCACAGCAGACAACACCCAACUGUCACUCCCCAUCAGUUCAGGCCAGCCACUCACCACUAACUCCGAAGAUGAUGAGAUUCAUACUCAGCACAUAUCUCCAGUCUCCACUAAGGAAGUCCGAUUAUUCGAUGGUACCACCAUCAGCUUAAAGCCGAAACUCAGAAGAUCCCAUCCCACUACCAAUUCACCAGAGUCUGCCUCAGUAUUGGACCUCAGCGACUUAUACGGCCGAGCCAAUCUCCAUAACUCACUUAAAGACAAUCGUGCCAGACUACAACAAGUCAGUGCCACAACCACAACUGUUAGUCAGACUCAGACUCAUAAUGAGGUGUUAACGGAAAAGUAUCGUCCUGCCAAUUUCGUCCAGUUAUGUUCGGCAGGCAAUGAUAAACAGUAUCGUUCAGUAUUACAUUGGUUAAAGAGAUGGUCACGUAUAGUGUAUGGAGAUGAAGCAAUUGAUGAAGAAAACAAUCACGAUCCUUAUGGAAGACCAUUCAAACGGAUCUUACUUGUGCAUGGACCUCCUGGAAUAGGUAAAACUGCUUCAGUUCAUGUAUUGGCUAAACAAUUAGGAUACUCUAUCUCGGAGUUAAAUGCCUCUAACAGUAUGGAUUUACCACCGGGAGAGAAUUCAAAUGGUAAUCUGAGUGUAGUAGGCGCCUUAAAGUUGAAGAUUAUCAACUCUUUAACGUCUAAUUCUAUUACAGGACAGGGCAAACCCACCUGUUUAGUGAUAGAUGAAAUUGAUUCGCUCACUAAUCUUCAGGAUCUUAUUAGAGUUCUUCACAGUUUAGUACAAUCCGAUCAACGGGCUACUAACAAAAGAACUGGUACUAGUACUAGUACUAGUAAUAGUACUACUACUACUAAAACUAAAUCUAAGGAUACUUUAUUAAGUCGUCCUAUAAUUUGUAUAGCUAAUGAUAUUUAUCAGCCAGGAACUGGUCGUACAUCUCCUAUGGAACGUUUACGUCCCCUUUGUGAGAUCAUUAACUUUAAAAAACCUACAGCUUCUAUCCGUAGUAAUGCUACUAGAUCCAUUAAGGAUUAUAUAAUGAAGAUUAAUACUACAGAAAAGUAUGGAUUAACUUAUCAACAAGUUAGUGAAAUAGUCGAAUUAUGUGAUGGAGAUAUUCGAGCAUGUUUAAAUUACUUACAAUUUAAUGCUCGCAAAGUAGAUAUAGGUAAUUUAACUAGUAAACUAACAAGCAGUACCAGUGGUUCUACAUCUAUGAUGGAUAGACAAAUGUCUUGGUAUUCUGUACUUAAUAUGUUAUUCAAAAGAUAUGGACAUUUAUCCCGAGAUGAGAACUUUGAUAUCUUAUUUAAUUCAUUCAUGAAUGGAGAUUGUAGACUGGUAGUUAGUAAUAGUCAAUUAUUUGAUAGAGUCAUUAGAGGAUGCUUUAAUAAGUAUUUGGAUAUAGUCCAUUUACAAGAUGAUUCAUUAACUAAACCAGGAGAAUUAAGUGAUUGGUUAAGUUAUUAUGAUCAAACGACUCAUGAAAACUAUAUAGGAUUAGUAGGGCUAAAGAUUUGGUCAUUAUUUAGUGAGAUUAAUCCUGCUAAAUUAACUGAUGAAUCCAAAUUACUUAUAGCCAAUGGUAAAAAUAUUGAUUAUGAAUCAUUUGAAUUACGGAAAAGGAAUGAAGAUAUUAUAACGAGAGUUCAUAAGAAUCUUCCUAUUCAUACUCAAAUGUCUGUAACUAGGGAUGGAGGUCUUUAUUUUAUCCCAUAUUUAGCUAAGAUACUUACUCCUACAGAUUUGUCAUCUAAGCUUAAAUCAAACCUAUCAUCAUUUGAGAAGUCAUACAUUGAAUAUGUUACUGAAUUAAUUAAACAAUUUGGUAUUAAACUUGAGAAUGAACGUGAUUUGGAUUCCGGUCAAGUGCUGCUUCAAUUCCUGCCUAAUUGGGAAUCGUUGACUCAAUUCCAAGCGAUUAAUAAUACUAAACAUGUUCAAAUAAAGCGUCAAUAUCUUUUCCCAUUGAUUGCAGCUGAAUUGGACAUGGUAAGAGCCGUAUUAAAACCAUCGAAACGAAUCAAUAGUGAACCAGCUAGUACUACUGCUACUACCACUACUAAAAGACAAAAGUAUACAUCCAGUGUAGAUUUCUUUAAGAGUCAAUAUGAAGGGAUGAAUUCAGCAGCUCGUACAGCGAUUGAACAACCCAGUAGAGAGCCUACAUUUCACAAGGCCAGAAUAUGGGUUAAGUAUAAUGAGGGGUUCUCCAAUGCGGUUCGGAAGAAUAUUGGAUGGUCAGAUAUCUGGCUUCCAUGAGGAGACGUUGUAUUGAUAGUUAGAUGAGUGUAGUUGCAGUGAAUAGAUAGUUACAGUGUAUACGUUAUAGUAGUUAAGUAUAGUAGUGUACAGUAGUAAGCACAGUAGUAAGUAUAGUAGUAAG